AUGGUGGCCCGCUCGCCCGCUCGGCACGGAGCCGGCGGCGGGCGCCGCUGGCCGCGGCCGGCCGCCUGGCUGUGGCUGGCGGCGGCGCUGGGCGCCGUGUGGCCGCCGCGGGGCUCGCUGGUGCAGGGCCGGCGGCUGAUCUGCUGGCAGGCGGUGCUGCAGUGUCAGGGGGAGCCCGAGUGCAGCUACGCUUACAACCAGUACGCCGAGGCGUGCGCCCCGGUGCUCCUGCAGCAGCCGCCGGCGGCAGGCGGCGGGGACGGGCCGGCGGCCGCUGCAGGCUCCGCCGCCUCCUCCAGGCGGCGGUGCCCCAGCCACUGCAUCGCGGCCCUCAUCCAGCUCAACCACACCCGGCGCGGCCCGGCGCUGGAGGACUGCGACUGCGCGCAGGACGAGAACUGCCGCGCCACCAAGCGCGCCAUCGAGCCCUGCCUGCCCCGCACCAGCAGCCCGGCGGCCGGCGGCCCCGGCGGCCCCGGCGGCGGCCCCGGCGGCGGCGGCCCCGGCGUCAUGGGCUGCACGGAGGCGCGGCGGCGCUGCGACUGGGACAGCCGGUGCAGCCUGGCGCUCAACCGCUACAUGACCUACUGCGGGAAGCUGUUCAACGGGCUGCGCUGCACGCCCGAGUGCCGCGCCGUCAUCGAGGACAUGCUGGCCGUGCCCAAGGCCGUGCUGCUCAACGACUGCGUCUGCGACGGGCUGGAGCGGCCCAUCUGCGAGUCAGUCAAGGAGAACAUGGCCCGCCUCUGCUUCGGCGCGGACAUGGGCGGCAACGGCGCCGGCAGCAGCGGCGGCUCGGACGGCGGCCUGGAGGAGUACUACGACGAGGACUACGAGGAGGAGCCGAGCCAGAAGGGGAGGGACGACGCGGAGGACAAUGCGGGCUCCGAGCCCGGCUUCCCCGUGCAGGCGGAUAACGCCGGCCGGCCCGCAGCCGCGGCCUGGGCGCUGCUGGCCUCCAUCUUGCUGCCGCUGCUGCCGCGGCUGUAG